AUGGGGUUGGAUAAUGAUGACAAAGAAACAGGAGAAACUAGUGAGGCUGGUAAUAAAGAACAAGAAGAACAUCAUGAGCCUCUUAGCAGGCAUACGAGCGAAACGUCGUCUGUUUAUGGAACUGAAGAAGAAGAAGAUGAAUAUGGAAGCAAAAUACAACUAGGUCCUCUUUGCACUCUUAAAGAACACCUUGAGAAAGAUAAGGAUGAUGAGAGUCUAAGAAAAUGGAAGGAGCAGCUUCUUGGGAGUGUGGAUGUGAACAACAUUGGAGAAAUUCUUGAACCAGAAGUGAAUUUUACAAGUCUUUCAAUAAUAUCUCCUGGAAGAGAUGACAUAGUUCUCCCAAUUCCUGAAGAUGGAAAACCAAAGGGAUUAUGGUUUACACUUAAAGAAGGCAGUCCUUACCGUCUGAAAUUCAGCCUUAUAGUGACAAAUAACAUUGUUUCUGGAUUAAAAUACACCAAUACUGUAUGGAAAACUGCUGUUAAAGUGGAUAGCACUAAAGAGAUGCUUGGAACUUUCAGUCCUCAGCCAGAGCCUUACACACAUGAAAUGCCAGAAGAAGUUACACCUUCUGGGAUGUUUGCUAGGGGACAAUAUACUGCAAGAACAAAGUUUUUUGAUGAUGACAAUAAAUGUUACUUGGAGAUUAACUAUACUUUUGAUAUUAGGAAGGAUUGGGCUUGA